AUGGGUGAGGUCAACCUCCCUUCUCUGCCGCUCCAGAUCGAGGACUAUGGCCUGAUUGGCGACAUGAAAACGUGCGCCUUGGUUGGCAAGAAUGAAUCCUCGACACGAGUCAAGGCGGAGGCAGCCAUUGGAGUAUCAGUCCUCGAAAUAGCACCCUCUGCAAGCAGAACUACCGCGCCUCUUCCAGACAAAAUGGAUAGACGAAGAUGGAGUUGUCGACCUGACCGAUUCUUUGCCCUGUCCCAACACAACAAGGUCCUGCGAGGGAGUGGCUCUACCCUUGUCAGGAAACUCGACUGUAUCCGUGGCUCCAUGUCCAUAGAUAUCGAGCUUUGUCCCAAACCCGGUUACGCUCGAUCUGAUGGUUCCAUGAACUUCUCCCAGGUCGAUGCAGAUGGGGACACUUACCGUCAAUCCCUUUCAUGGGUUCCAGUCAACCAGAACCAGUCCGAUGAUGUUCCAGAGUUCUUCAUCAGCUACUACACCCACGAUCGCCCAUUGAAGGCUGCACCUCAUAUGUUUCGCAUCGAAGGUUCUACCAACGACACUCUGCAUGCUUACUUUGAGCUUCGAGAGGGUCAACGUAGUAUCAUGGUCAUGUACAACAGAGCACUUGAGCCAUAUCUCAACGCUGAUUUAUUUAGUACCCUCGAAGAUGAUACUUACAAGUACUGGACGAAUUGGAUUCAAGCCUGUCACUCCCGCGGGCGAUUUCACCAAGAAGUCGAACGCAGUAUGCUCAUUCUGAUACUCCUCACCUAUGAUGCCACGGGUGCCAUUGUCGCCGCACCAACCUUCUCUCUUCCUGAAGCUAAUGGUGGCCCACGAAACUGGGAUUACCGAUAUUCCUGGCUAACAUCUCCCUCCGACGUGUUCCUCAAAAUGGGGUUUCCGGCUGAAGCCGAAGCAUAUAUCAACUUCAUCUUCGCGCGGAUCGCGGAAUGGCGUAAAGUCGCCGAAACUUCGACAACAGUUCACCAUUUGCCACUGAUGUUCAGCAUUGACGGCUCUACCGAUUUACCAGAAUUGACACUGAACCACUUAUCCGGUUACCAGGACUCGCGUCCAGUACGCAUUGGCAAUGCAGCGACUGACCAUGUGCAGCUAGACAUCUAUGGCGAACUGAUGGAUUCAAUCUAUUUGUACAACAAGCACGGUAAACCAGGAUCUUACGCCCAAUGGCUCAACGUCCGCUACAUAACAGACUUUGUUUGCAAAGUCUGGGACCAGCCGGAUAUGUCAAUAUGUGAGGUCCGCGGUCACAAACAGCACUUUGUCUACUCCAAAAUGAUGCUUUGGGUGGCCGUGGACAGCCCAAUUCGCCUGUCUGAUAAACGCAAUUUCCCCUGUCCCAAUCGUCUCAAGUGGCUUGAGACCCGUGAUACCAUCUACGAACAGGUGAUGCAGCGCGGCUUCAAUUACGAUUUGAACUGUUUUGUCCAGAGUUAUGACGCCAAGACGAGUCUCGAUUCCGCUGUCUUGGUGGCGCCUCUGGUUUCUUCAUGUCUCCGAAUGACCCCCAGUUCAUCGGCACUCUGGCUCGAAUUCUCAGGAGCCCAGAGAAUGGUGGCCUUGCCUCAGCCGGGUUUGUUUUCCGGCAUGACCAUGAAAAGACCGAUGACGGCAUUGGUCCGAGCGGGAAAAUACAGCAAGUCAUACCUGGCAACCGCGACCGCGAUGUUCGAGACCGUCACCAACUUCCGUAACCACCUCGGGAUGUUGUCCGAAGAAAUCUCUCUCAGUGGUGCCCAGCUGGGAAACACGCCACAUGUACUCAGCCAUCUUGCUAAUGUUUCUGCCGCAUUGAAUAUUGAAAGGGUCGGAAGGGGUGACUGA